AUGCCGGGGAGAACGCGGCGGGUACGGCUGCUGGCCGUGGCCGUCUGCAUCUUUACAGUCUUCUUCCUGUACCAGCGCAACGAGGCGCGCGUGGAGGAGUAUGCGGACUACUUCACCAAGAGCGCGGUGGGCGGAGGCUCCGUACUGCGCAAGGAGCAGCAGCAACAGGAACCCAUACCGCGACCUCAGGCAGAUCCAGCAUUGGAUUUGAAGCCUGCCUCAAGGCCGGAGGCAGACGUGGAACCUGCGCCGACGACCUCGAGCUCUGUAGCACUCGAAGCGACCGAAUCGCCCACCCCAACCCCAGAACCCACGUCGACUCGAAACGCGGUGUGGAAAGAGCAAAGCAGUACACUGGCAGUCUCACCUUCAUUUGACGACGACGAGUUGCCGGUAGAGGUUGGUUUGGGUCGGAUCGAAGACGAUUACGAGUAUGGCAACCCUUUUCUUCCCACGACUUCCCACGAACCGAUUCACUGGAGCAAACUGCCGGAACAUUUCCCAAUCUCUACCACUAUUCAGCUGCCCAGUGGCAAGCCGAGCCCAAUACCGCUCAUUCAAAAGCAAGGACAGGCCAAGGGGAGCGUUGACAAGGACCGACGCGCUGCGGUCAGAGAUGCAUGCAAAUGGGCGUGGGCUGGAUUCAGGAAGAAGGGCUGGGGUUUCGACGAGGUGGAACCAGUAUCAGGCAUUGGCAAGAACUCGUUCAAUGGCUGGGGAGCUACACUCGUUGAUUCCUUGGACACUCUGUGGAUCAUGGGCAUGAAGGAGGAGUUUGAAGAUGCUGUGAACAAGACCGCUGAGAUUGACUUUACGAUCUCGUCCAGGUCGGACAUCCCACUGUUCGAGGUGACGAUCAGAUAUCUCGGAGGCCUGAUUGCGGCAUACGAUGUUUCGGACAAGAAGUACAGAGUCCUGCUCGAUAAGGCAGUAGAGCUUGCCGAAAUCCUCUAUUCUGCCUUCGACACACCGAAUCGCAUGCCAGAAACGUAUUACUACUGGAAACCAACUCUGGCUUCGAAUGCUCGCCGUGCUGGCACGAGAGUUGUCAUGGCAGAAUUGGGAACGCUCAGCUUGGAAUUCACGAGACUCGCUCAACUCACAGGCGAGCCGAAGUAUUACGAUGCCAUCGCACGGAUCACAGACGAGUUCGAGAAGUGGCAAAACAAUACUCGAUUGCCAGGAAUGUGGCCGACGAUGCUUGACGCGAGUGGCUGUAAGAAGCCCGAAUAUGUCCCUCCAAGUCGAACGUACAACCAGAUGCCUGCACCACAGGGCGACAGCUACAUGAUUAGCAGCGAACCUGUCAAAGUCGAUGAGAAGGUCGUAGCUGCGGCAGAAGAUACCCUGAACAAGCAGAACACGCCUGCAAAGGGUUUCAAAGGCCCCAACAAGGCGCAUGCAGAGGACAAGCUCGGGAGUGUUGCGAAUCCUGCCGUGGGCAACGUUAUGGCAGGUGUGUCGGACUCUGAUGCUUCUCUGCGCCAUCCCAUGGCAGAGCAUCCAUCCGGAAGUGACCCGAAUUGGGGCUCGAGCGGCGAGGACACGACAAAUGCAGCAAAAGCGAAAGACCCCCUCAAACCAGGCGCUGGAGCAGCGAACGAUCAGAAGACAUCUAUGGAUGGUUUCCGAGCGGUGGACCCAUUACCACCAAAUGCUGGGAUUGCAAAUCCUCACAUCAAGCGCCAGCUUGAACAGUUCAGCGAUCUGUCAGAGGCAGUCAGCAACAAGACCACCUCAAACUCGGCAAUGCAUCAUCAAGACCUGAGGCAACUGGACUAUGAGAACAACGAGCCAGCAUGUCUGCCUCAAGGACUUGCCUCGAGUGGUAAGAACGUGCAAGAAACAUAUACCUUGGGCGGUCAGAGCGACAGUACCUAUGAAUACCUGCCCAAACAGUACUUGCUCCUUGGCGGGCGACUCGACCAAUACAAGGACAUGUACUUGGCGAGUAUGAAGCCAGUCGUUGAUGAGCUUCUAUUCAAGCCGAUGACCCCAGAGAACCGGGACAUUCUCGUCUCUGGAGAAGUACACAUGUCCUUCAACUACACUACGGGCGAACCUAUCUUGAGUCACAUCCCCAAGGGUGAGCAUCUCACAUGCUUCGUUGGUGGCAUGUUCGGUCUGGGAGGCAAGAUUUUCGACGUUCCAGAGCACAUCGACCUUGCGCGAAAACUCACCGACGGGUGCAUUUGGUCAUACAAUGUCACCAAAAGUGGUAUCAUGCCGGAGAGCUUCUCGUUGGCCUCGUGUGCAGACAGCAAAGACUUGAAGGUGUGUCAGUGGAACGAAACGGAAUACGACCGACAACUCGACCCAUACAUGGAGUUCCGGGAGGACCAGCGGACGACCUUCAUGGAGCAAUACGAGAUCGAGAACCUCGAGGUCUACGAGAAGGAGCUCGCCGUAGCUAGCAGUAGUCUGGCUGCAGCUGUUGCUAGAGCCUCAAAGACGGCAGUGCCAUACCUUGGUGAAGACGAUGAAGAAGCACGAACCGCAUCGCUCGCUGAUGAGAUGAGAGCUCUUAACAAACGCCAAUUGAACGAUUUCGAUGAAUUCGCGGAUGAAGACGAAGAUUUCCCUGCAGCACCUAAACCAGCUUCCUCGCCGCGUCCUACUACUUCUCCCUCUCCAGAAUUCGAAUCCGAUCCAGACGACAUCUGGGGAGGAUACGGCGGCCCUGCAGCUGAAGACUACGAGUACACAAUGCCAGCCCGGCCAAUCUACACACCACCACCGCCUCCCACUCACCAGCAAUACGUGAUGCAGAAGGUCGAAGACGAGCGCCUCCCGCCGGGCUUCAUUCACCUCGACAGCCGCAAAUACAUUCUCCGACCAGAAGCCAUCGAAUCAGUCUUCUACAUGUACCGCAUCACCGGUGAAAAGCACUGGCAAGACAUGGGUUGGAAUAUGUUCCAAGCCGCAGAGGGUCUCAGUCGUACCACAUACGGACACAGCGCGCUGGACGACGUGACCAAAUCACGGCCGUCACUCCUUGACGGCAUGGAGAGUUUCUGGAUUGCGGAGACGCUCAAGUAUUAUUACUUGCUGUUCGACGACCCUGAUCAAUGGAGUCUGGACGAUUGGGUGCUCAACACCGAAGCGCACUUUUUUCAGCGGCCGGAGAACCCGAUCAAGUCGUGA